AUGGCCGUCACAGGCGCGCUGCGAAAGAGCCUUGGCCUCCUCGUGCCUUUGGCCAUAGCAUGCACCGUCUACCUCUACCUCUUCCCUUUUUUCUCAGGAUGUGCCUUCCCUCUGCCCUCAAGGGACUCCGAUGAGGCCUUUGAACAGACCAAGGGUCUGCAUUGGCCGUACGCGCAACCAGACCAGCAAGCCAACGCCACGACAAAACUAGCACCGUUCCGACUGCUCACAAUCGGAGACCCUCAACUCGAAGGCGACACCUCGAUCCCGGUGAAGGUCUACGGGUUCUUCCCACACGUCAAGGAAAUAUACAAGCGUGUCACGUUCCAGACAUGGCACUCGACGCUACGAGACCGCUUACGGAUGAUCCUCCACGAUCUCGUCGAUCUCUACUUCGAAGAUAUCCCAAACCUCAUCGAGUCAGGGCGAAAAGUAUUUGACCUCUUCGGCAACGACUUCUACCUUGCGCAUAUCUACCGCACCGUCCACUGGUGGACCAAGCCAACCCAUGUCACCGUUCUUGGCGACUUGCUUGGCAGCCAGUGGAUCGACGACAACGAGUUCGAGCAACGAGGCGACCGGUUCUGGAACAGGGCCUUCAAGGGUGGCCAGCGACUGCCUGACGAGAUAGCACAGUGGCCGAACCGCGAGUACAACAUCUCCGGUCGCCUCGAUGGCUCCCCGGAGCAGGACGUAUGGAUCAACAGGAUUCUCAACGUUGCCGGCAACCAUGAUAUUGGGUAUGCCGGCGACUUAACCGAGGAGCGCAUGGAGCGGUUCCAGAGGGUGUUUGGAAAAGCAAACUACGAACUGCGAUUUGAGCUGCCGAUCACGGACCCGAAAUACACUUCCACCGUCUACGAUUCAGAAAAGAACCCCGAUGCGCUGCGUAUCGCCCCUGAGAUCCGAAUCAUUGUCAUCAACGACAUGAACCUGGACACCCCAGCCAAGAGCAAGCCGCUCCAGGACCAGACCUACGAGUUCAUCAACGCGGUGAUUACAAGCUCGCACGCGGUGGAGUUCGAGGGUCAUUUCACCCUGGUGUUGACGCACAUCCCCAUGUACAAGCCUGCUGGCGUUUGUGUGGACGCGCCCUUCUUCGACUUCCACUCUGAUGGUGACGGCAUCAAGGAGCAGUACCUCCUCAGCGAGGACGCCAGCAAGGGCUUCUGGGAGGGCAUCUUUGGCGUCAGCGGCAACCCCAUGGCCGCUGGAAAGGGUCGCGGCCGACCUGGGCUGAUCCUCAAUGGACACGAUCACGAGGGCUGCGACACGUACCAUUACAUCAACCAGACCAACGGCACAAGCGCCAAGGAUCGAUCAUGGGAGAUAAAGCGCUGGCACGAGGCCAAAAAGCUCAACAUUGUCGGCCAGGAGGGCAUUCCUGGCCGCCGGGAACUCACCGUCCGCAGCAUGAUGGGUGACUUUGGCGGCAACACCGGCCUGCUCAGCAUGUGGUUCAACCCCGAAACCUGGGAGUGGGAAUACGAAUUCGCCCAGUGCCCACUUGGCAGGCAGCACCUCUGGUGGUUCGUGCACAUCCUGGACUUUGGCGUCGUUUUCCUCAUCCUGGUGUACGGCCUCGUCUCGAUCCUCCAGGCUGCCGGCGUAGAUGUGGACGGCAAUCUCGGCUCCUUCUCGCGGUGGCUUAGCAGCGUCGUAAGCGAGCUGGCGUACGGGGAGCCAUCCUCUGCCGCCCCCAACAGCAAGUUGAAGGGCAAGUUAUGA